GCAUUUAAAGUAAUCCUUACAAACUCGUACCCGAGAUACGUGGUUUAGGGACGCUCUCUUAUUGAGGAUAAAAAUUUAGGAGUUUCAAUUAGAAAUAGUAAAUUAGAAUGAUUUGAAAAAUAUGUGGCAACCAUAUUUGCGGCGACUUAGUUGCGAACAUACGAAGCGACGAAAAAGCAAAUCAAAAGAAGCAGCAUCAGAGUAGUGGCAAAGCGUGGAAAAGUGCAGAUAAGUUUCAAGUUUAUAUAUCCGUAGGAAAUAUUUUGUUAAAUCUAAAAAAUAUUUUCCUAAGAGAGCUUUUUAAGCACCAGCGAAAGUCUGUAGCUAUCAGUACUUAGGUGCUAAUCCUCAUUUUUAUUUGGAUUUCGAAUAUUGUUUUGCUGUACAGCGUAAAGGCGGUGAUUCUCACAUACAGAACACAGCGCGUAUAGGCGAAAGCAAUAGAGGCGACGGCGACGACGACGACGACCAAAAAACAGGAGGAAAGGCUAGAAAGACGUAUCAAAACUGCUGCACCAACAACAGCGACGGCUACAGUAACAGCAAUAGCAACAGCGGUUGACUACUGCUUUUGGUGCUUCUUUUUUUGCAUUUUGUUUUAUUGGCGCAUACACCCGUCCGUCUUGACAGUUAACGCAGCAGCGUGUGUGUGGGGGAGAAAACAACUAUAGGAAAGCAGCAGCAGCAGCAGCAAAGGAGCACAACAUUCAGAUUUUCAAGUCGAAUGUACGGUGUGACAGUGUUUAACAUUGAAAAGUUUUAUUUGUUAAAUGAGGAAAAAUUAGUAAAUUGAGCAAGAAAAAGUUGUAAUUGAAAAUUCAACGCUUUACGGAAACGAUAAAGUCAAGUGUGAAAUUGUUCUCAGCUUAAAGGAGCUGAAAUUGCAACAGCAGCUGAGAAUUACAAGUGAAAAAGUAAGACGAGUGCACUAAAAAAAGAAAAAAUGGAAAAGAGAAUAGAACUGGAAAGACGCGCACGUAAAGCGAAUCAGAUCACAGAAUUGAAUCUGGAUAACUGCCGGAGUACAAGUAUAGUGGGCCUUACAGAUGAGUAUACUGCGCUGGAAUCGCUGAGUUUAAUUAAUGUUGGCUUAACUACACUAAAAGGUUUCCCCAAGUUGCCCAAUCUGAAGAAACUCGAGCUCUCAGAUAACAGAAUAUCAAAUGGCCUCAAUUAUUUGACCACAAGCCCCAAAUUACAAUAUCUCAACCUGUCGGGCAAUAAAAUUAAGGAUCUGGAAACACUAAAACCACUGGAGGAGUUCAAACAUCUAGCUGUUUUGGAUUUGUUCAAUAAUGAAGCAACACAAAUUGAGAAUUAUCGUGAGAAAAUUUUCGAAAUGUUGAAAUCUUUGAAAUUCCUCGAUGGUUUCGAUUCGAAUGAUGUGGAAGCACCGUCGGAAGAUGAUGAUGAUGAGGUUAAUGGCAACGAUGGCGAGGAUGACGGUGAAGAAGAGGACAAACAAAAUGCAUUUUGUUUAAAUGGUAUUGAAAUUGAUUUGGAUGAGUUGGAAGAGUUUGAGCAACGUGUGAAGGCAAAGAAACAGCUGCAGGGCAAGGCAGCUUCAAAAAUUCAAAAGCCUGUUGACGAAGUUGAUGACUUAGAAGAGUUGUUGAAGGAAAUUAAAUUGAAAGAGGCAACGUCAAAUUCUAAUUACGAUAAGCCACCACCAGAUUCACCAUUGGUUAAACCAUCAACAGAUGGGCGUGUCUGCAGCAAUACAGACGCUGAAGCAGUGCUUGCUUCUCCCCAAAUGCCUUUUGCUCUUUUCCUAUAUUGGUUUUUAGCGAUUCUAAAUCUGGCAAAUGCCACUUUUUAUUCCUGUGAUGAGGAAGAUUACGCCAGCACUUCUUAUGUCUCCACAUCUGAUGUCUCCUUAUCGGAGGUGUACAAUGAAGAUCUGGAAGAAGACAACUCUGAAUGGGACGAAGAGAAUGCUGUCGAAGAUGACGAUGAAGACACCGAUGAGGAUGACAGUGAUGGCGAUGGUGAUGGGGAAGCAAAUGCAUCGGCUAAGGGCACUGCAGGCAAAGAAAAAUCAGCAUCCAACUCCGCCGGCGCUAAAGCUGAAACCGCCUCGGGGGAACCUGCCGAGGAGGAUGAACCGCAGGCUCGAGGAAAGAAAAGAAAGCAUGACGGUUAAAAAGUGCUUUAUUAGAGAACGCAUCAUCGUAGCAUUUGUUUACAAAACUCCAAUUAACGUUUUUCUACAAUUUUAAUUUAACAACAAAAAGAAAAGUAAAGAUGUAACAGAAACCACAAAAUGUCUGUAUCAGUUUAUACAUUAAUGGGAAGCGCAAAGAAAAAACAGCUAAAUACAAUAUUUAUUAGAUCAAGAAAUACAAUAAAUAUUGUAAACACAGCAGUUAAUAUUAUUACAAAUACCAUAGACUUUCGAAGCAAAAAAUAGCAGCAAUCACAUACACACACCACAAAACUAUAACAGGAUUUAAAAAACCAUAUUUAUAGAUUUAUAGAUAUUGGUGGCGCGAAAAAUAAGUAGGUAUAAAAGAGAGUGGAAAUGAAAGUCAAGCGAUUAUUUCAACUGCCUUGUAAACCAAGCACAUACAUCUAAUAAAUAGCAAGGACUUGGAGAAGAAUAGAGUUUAAAGUAGAGAAGGGCAUAAUAGUUGUAAUAAAAAAGAUAUAAUAAUAGUGGUCAUUUUUAAGCAUGUGAAGCAGUAAUAGAAAGCGAAGCAAAUCAACGAUGGCAUUAAAAGGGAAAUUUUAUGAAUUGCAACUUGUAACACCUCCAGAAACACCAACAAUAAUAAUCACAUUGCAAAAACUAUAAAUCCUAACAAUUUUUACAAGAAGUUGUGCCCAAUAGAUAAGGACAAUAGAAAUUUUGCAUUGAAUAAAGCGUUUAUUUGGCAAAGUGUUGAGUGAAAUUGGGCAACAAAUACACGAAUCAAAAGGCAAAAGCAAAAAAAAAAAAGAAAUAUAUAGAACCGGACAACACAACAACAGUCGCCGGUGUAUUAUUAAAAAAAUUGUUUAUUGUUUAGUAGCAUUAAUUAGUUACUUAUACAGUAAGUUUAUUAAUAAUUACACAUAUACAAGAAAAUCAACAAGAGGGGAGACGUGGAGACUACAGCUUCCUAAUAUGAUUUGUUCUCCGUGUUUUUUUUUUUUAUUAUUUUCAUUUUAGUUUUCAUGUGCAAAUUAAAGUACAAUUACACACAUACAUACAUACUUACAGGUAGAAAAAAAUGUUAUUUUCGCAAUGUUAAACAUUUAUAUUUUUGUUUGCUUACAACGUGUCGCACCUACACAUCAAAAUAAAUUAUGCUGCUGGAAUUAUUAAUAUUUAUACAUAUACUAUGAUAUUGUAAAGCUUAAUGUAAAUUAAUUUGUUUGGUAUAUUUAAAAUACAUUUACAAAAAUAAAAUCCGUAAUUUUCAUUACUAACUCUUUGCACUAAAAUUAGUAUUUUUGCAUUAAUUUAUGCCGUAAUCUGUUUACACAUAUGUUUUUUCCAGCUCCAUUCCUACCUGUAGCCUCUAUAUUAUAUACAUAAAGAAAUACAUAUAUUUUAGAAAAUACAGCCAACGUCGAAAUGAAACAUAUACAAACACUAACUUUUAUUCUAAGACAUUUUCAUAUUGCAAUGAAAGAAUUUUUCGACAUUGGACAAAAACAAAAACUGUAUUAUUUGGCCGAAAUAAAAGAACGAAAAAAUAAAGUCAUUUUAAAAA